AUGGAAGAAGCAAUUCAAAAAAAGAGAAAAUCAAGAUGGGGAGAAUCAGAAAAAAAAAAUAUUAAUAAUGAAAAUGAUUCAAACAAACCUCUUAAUAUCUUAGAAGACUUAAAUUUAGCAUGUAAUUCAAAUUUAAUCAAUCAAACAAGAACAUCACAAUUUCCUAAUAAUUUUAAUUUGUCUUCAUUGUCAUCCAGUAUUCAUUUAAAUAUCUUAAAAGCAACAGAAGCAGCAAAAUUAGCUAUAGAAAAAGUGAAAAGAGCUAGUAGAUUUAAGGAUGAUACAAAACAAAAAAUAAAAAAAGUAGAUUUUUUACCAAAACCAUUAAAAUUCGAUGAGCAAGGAAGAGAAAUAGAUGAAGAAGGAAAUGUAAUCAAUGUAAAACCUGUUACAUAUUCUACCUUAAAAGUUAAUAUUAACAAAUUAGAAGAAAAUAAUCUUUUAAAAAAAAAAAAUAUACCUUCAAAUAAAUGUGAAGAUAAUUUUAAUGAAGAUUUUAAAUGGUAUGAUUCAAGAAUAAAAAAUGUUCAAAAAAAAAAAAAAAAAAAUGCAUUUAAUUUUAUUACACCUGGUUCUAUAAUUAAACGAGAAACAUAUUCCAAAAAUUACAAUAAUAAAUUUCAAUUAGGUUUUGAUUUAAAAAAAAUUAUUCAAGAGAAAAAAAAAGUACAAUCUUUUCAAGAAUUAUCUUUAAACUUUUUGAAUAAAGAUAUAAGUUCUACUAUCAAUCCUAACCUAAUAGAUAUAAAUAAUAAAAAACUAAAUCAAAAAAAAGAAUGGAAGGAUGAUGAAAGAUAUGACAUAAUGGAAAAGUGGGAUAUGGCCUUAUUUAAAAAAAUAGAUAAUAAAGAAAAUUUAAAGGAUUAUAUUAUUGAGCAAACUUCUAUUUGGAAAAAUAAACUGAAUACUAUUGAAUGCAAGAAAUAUGGAAAAUAUACUAAUGAUGAUAAUAUAGAUGAAAAUAACAAAGAAGAAAAAAAAACUAUUAAUGAAAAUGAGUUCAGUAAUAAUAUAUAUGUAAAAGUUAAUAGAUUAUUAAAUAACUUAAAUAUAUUAUUAUUGGAAAGUAAUGAAAUUAUAAUUAAAGAUGAUUUGUACAAGAUAAAUAUGAAAAAAAUUACAAGUUAUAUAGAACACCCUAUACCUUUAAAUGAUGAUAAAAAAGCUUCAAUUAUUACACCAAAUAUGUAUUUAACACCCAUAGAAAGAAAAAAAUUAAGAAAAAGAAAGAGGCAAGAAAAGGAAAAAGAAAAACAAGAUAAAAUAAGAAUAGGUUUAAUUCCUCCACCUCCACCUAAGAUGAAACUAUCUAAUUUAAUGAGAGUUUUAGGAGAUAGUGCAGUUGCACAUCCAUCAAAGAUAGAAUUAGAAGUAAGGGAACAAAUGAAAGAAAGAGAAUUAAGACAUUAUGAACAAAAUCAACAAAGGAAAUUAAAUCCACAAGAAAAAAGUAAAAAGCAAAUUAACAAAUGGAAAUGUAACCCAAAUGAAGAGAAUGAAGUUUUAGUUAUAUAUAUAACAAACUUAUCUAACAAAAAACACAUAUUUAAAAUUGAUAUAAAUGCUCAGCAACUACAUUUAACAGGAGUAUGUUUUAUGACAGUUUUAUAUAAUUUCAUAAUUGUAGAAGGAAAACAUAUAUCCAUUGAAAGAUACAAAAGAUUAAUUUUUAGAAGGAUAAAAUGGAGUGAAAAUGAAGAUGAAGAAGAAGAAGAAGGAAAAGAAAAUGAAAAUAAAAUUAAUGACAGUUUUGAUCACGCGGACAACUUUGAAAAUGAUAUGCUAAAUAUGAAUAUAAAUCAUGGAUGCAAUUGUAGUUUAAUUUGGUCUGGUACUGUAAAGAAGAAAAAUUUUCUUAAUUGGAGGAUGAUUGUUGCAAAAACUGAAUCUGAGGUGACAGAUUAUCUACAAGAGCAUGAUGCAUUACAUUAUUAUCACAUAAUUAAAAAACAUAGAGAUGUACUUCAAGAUAUUUAA